AUGCCGCUCAUAAAUUUUGGUAUGCCAGCUCCAAUCCGCCAAGCAGCAGAUAUCAUCAACAGCGACGUUCAACGUGAACACCAGUUCGAUAUGACUUCUCUGGCUACUUUUGUUGCUAACAAUGAACGAUUGCUUAGUGCUCAGCAACGAAGCAUUGCAGCAACCUUACUUGAUGGUGGACGGACAGCGCAUUCAGCACUUAAAUUACCUUCGAAUAUUCAUACCAAUCCCAAAGCAAUGUGUAACAUAAAGAAGCAUUCAGGCAUAGCUGAAGUUUUGAGAAAAUGUAAGAUUAUUAUCUGGGAUGAAUGUACAAUGGCCCACAAGCAUUCGCUUGAAGCUCUCGACAGGUCCCUAAAAGAUAUCAAAGAUAAUACUCGGCUUUCAGGUGGUGCUCUACUGCUGCUGUCAGGUGAUUUCAGACAAACAUUACCCGUUAUUCCACGUGCGACAUAUGCGGACGAAAUAAACGCAUGUUUGAAAGAAUCCUAUCUGUGGCGAAGUGUCAGUAAAUUAUGCCUUACUCUUAAUAUGCGUGUUCAAGUUCAAAAUGAUCCAUUAGCGUCAAGAUUCUCUGAACAACUGUUAGACAUUGGCAAUGGUAAUAUUCAAUUGUAUGAAGAUACACAAUAUAUUCGACUCCCACAGAAUUUUUGCAUCAUGGUGCCUACCAAAGAGGAGUUAAUAAAAAGUAUCUUUCCAGAUUUGCCACAUAAUUAUACUAAUCAUGCAUGGCUACGUGAGCGAGCUAUUUUAGCCGCAAAAAAUUUAGAUGUUGACGCAAUCAAUUUUAAAGUACAACAAUCAUUGCCUGGUAGUGAAAUUACAUUCAAAUCGAUUGACACUAUUGUUGAUCCUGAUGAAGUUGUCAACUAUUCUGCCGAGUUUUUAAAUUCACUAGAUUUACCUGGAAUGCUACCCCAUAAUUUGAGAUUGAAGAUUGGUUCACCUAUAAUUUUGCUUAGAAAUUUGAAUGCUCCGAAAUUGUGUAAUGGCACGCGACUGGUCAUAAAAAAAUCAUGGGUAACAUUUUGGAAGCCACUAUUUUAA